GUCUCAAUUUCUACACCCGGACCUUUUUACGGACGCACUGGUGAACUCCGUAGCCUAUUUCUUCACGCCAUUGUAAUAUUAGUUUAUUUUCAGACUUUGGAAACACUUUGUUAGGGUUCCUAGCUCAGUUAUCAGGUUGGUGUUGAAGCUACUGGGAACCAGGUGGUGUGAUAAGAGAACGAGACUGACAUAAUAACAGCGGACAUCAUGUCAACCGACUCCUGGGCCCAGGCUGUGGACGAGCAAGAAGCCGCGGCGGAAUCGAUUGGUAACCUACAAAUCAAAGACAAGCCGGAGGAAAAUGGUACUGCCAACGCUGCAUUGGCGACGACAGCGACGAAAACAACAACAACAACGACGUCGACAAACACAGCAGCCGCCAGCGCUACAACGCCUGCAAAGACAGGAGGAGGAGAGGGAGACAAAACAGGAGAGGAGGAUGAUAAAGAUGACAAGGCGGCACAGUCGUUAUUGAAUAAGUUGAUACGCAGUAAUCUAGUGAACACAACCAAUCAAGUAGAGGUUCUACAGAGAGAUCCCAACUCUCCGCUUUACUCUGUCAAAUCCUUCGAGGAACUACGGCUUAAACCUCAGCUGCUCCAGGGAGUGUAUGCCAUGGGCUUCAACCGACCCUCCAAAAUCCAAGAGAACGCAUUACCCAUGAUGCUCGCUGAACCCCCACAGAACCUGAUAGCCCAGUCUCAGUCAGGGACGGGGAAGACUGCUGCCUUUGUCCUGGCCAUGCUCAGUCAUGUUGAUCCCAACAACAAGUUCCCACAGGCUCUGUCUCUCCUACCUAUGAGCUAUAUAACACCUUCCUCUCUCCUCUCCCAGGCUCUGUCUCCUACCUAUGAGCUAUAUAACACCUUCCUCUCUCCUCUCCCAGGCUCUGUCUCUCCUACCUAUGAGCUAUAUAACACCUUCCUCUCUCCUCUCCCAGGCUCUGUCUCUCCUACCUAUGAGCAAUAUAACACCUUCCUCUGUCUCUCCUCUCCCAGGCUCUCUCUCCUCUCCCAGGCUCUGUCUCUCCUCUCCCAGGCUCUCUGUGUGUCUCCUACCUAUGAGCUAUAUAACUCUCUCCUCUCCCAGGCUCUCUGUGUGUCUCCUACCUAUGAGCUAUAUAACUCUCUCCUCUCCCAGGCUCUCUGUGUGUCUCCUACCUAUGAGCUAUAUAACACCUUCCUCUCUCUCCUCUCCCAGGCUCUCUGUGUGUCUCCUACCUAUGAGCUAUAUAACACCUUCCUCUCUCUCCUCUCCCAGGCUCUCUGUGUGUCUCCUACCUAUGAGCUAUAUACCACAUUCCUCUCCUCUCUCAGGCUCUCUGUGUGUCUCCUACCUAUGAGCUAUAUAACACAUUCCUCUCCUCUCCCAGGCUCUCUGUGUGUCUCCUACCUAUGAGCUGGCCCUGCAGACAGGAAAGGUCAUUGAGCAGAUGGGGAAGCAUUACUCAGAGGUCAAACUAGUUUACGCCAUCAGAGGAAACAAACUGCAGAGAGGUACCCAGCUCCAGGAGCAGGUUGUGAUAGGGACGCCAGGCACCAUGCUGGACUGGUGUCUGAAGUUCAAGUUCAUCGACCCCAAGAAGAUCAAAGUGUUUGUCCUGGACGAAGCUGACGUCAUGAUCGCUACACAGGGUCAUCAGGACCAGAGUAUACGCAUUCAGAGGAUGCUACCCAAACAGUGCCAGAUGCUGCUGUUCUCUGCCACGUUUGAGGAGACGGUGUGGAACUUUGCCCAGCGCAUCGUCCCAGACCCCAACAUCAUCAAGCUGAAACGGGAGGAGGAGACGCUGGACACCAUCAAGCAGUACUACGUCCUCUGUAACAGCAAAGAGGAGAAGUUCAUGGCCCUCUGCAACAUCUACGGAGCCAUCACCAUCGCUCAGGCCAUGAUCUUCUGUCAUACCAGGAAAACGGCGGGGUGGUUGGCAGGUGAGCUGUCCCGGGAGGGCCACCAGGUGGCGCUGCUCAGUGGGGAGAUGCAGGUGGAGCAGAGAGCUGCUGUCAUCGACCGCUUCCGAGACGGAAAAGAGAAGGUCCUGGUCACCACCAACGUCUGUGCCAGAGGUAUUGACGUGGAGCAGGUUUCCGUGGUGAUAAACUUUGACCUGCCAGUGGACAGAGACGGUAACCCGGACAACGAGACGUACCUGCAUCGGAUUGGCCGCACGGGUCGUUUUGGGAAGCGAGGAUUGGCCAUCAACAUGGUGGACAGCAGGUUCAGCAUGAACGUCCUAAACAAGAUCCAGGAUCACUUCAAUAAGAAGAUCGAGAAGCUGGACACUGACGAUCUGGAUGAGAUAGAGAAAAUCGCCGGCUGAAAAGAGUUCAGAACCACAUGACUACCCCCCCCCCACCCACCCACCCACCCCUCCUCUCGGACUGUUAUUAUAGUGUCUUUCAUUUUAAAAAUGUAGUGUUGAAGAGAAGAGCAAAGCCACAAACACAGCUAUAAUGUUUACAUGUGGUUAAAUGUCUCUCAAAUAUGUUUUUAUAAGUCUGAAACAUUCCCAUUUCACUCUUUGAACUUCUUAAUGAAUAAAGUUUAUAAUAUUAGCUAACAUUUUUUAUUUGUAUAUGUGCAUUGUAAUGCUGUCAUGGUGGUAGGCUUAGAGUGCAAUGGCUUACGGAAAAACUUGUUAAAUUAUGCCAAAUCAAAUGUUACUACUGCCACUAUCUUCCUUGUUUAUGCAGUUAUUUUGGUGGAAUGGAAACAAGCCCUCUCAUUUUAUAUAAAGAUAUUUUUGUUUAACCCAGUCCCUGAAUGAAAUCUCAAGGAGAGAAUACAGCAUAAUUAGGAAAAUAAACUUUUAAAGAUUUUAGUUAUCAUUUGUGAGUGUUUUGCAAUGAACACAAUAAUUCUGAUGAGUCGUACAAAGAGUGAAAUAGAUUUGUUUUCUGCAGUCUUUUGUUUUUAAAAAUCAUAGUUACUUUGAGAUGGUGAUGGUUAGAGGUCGGGGGUUCAUGUGAACUUGUGGCAACCUUUCUGCGUGCCACUAUAGUAGUGCAGUGUUCAAGUCACAUGACAUCCGAUUUGUUCGUUUUCAGGAUUUUCCCUCAAAAUAGCAAAAGUGGAAAUGGAGAGAACGUAACUUUUGCUACAUGUUUUGACCAAUAAAGUACAGAUAAAUUAAACUAUAUAAAUAUGUUGUAAUUUUAGACAUUCAACCAUGCAUCAUCUCAACCUCAAAUGUUAGUUUUUUUAUUGAUUAGAAAACGACACAGACCUCGAUACAUUGUUUCUUAAAUUCUCUCACAGUGGAACUGGUGUCAUUGUUAGGUAUGUUAUCGUUCAUAUCUGAUUGACCAUGUACCUGGAGACUCACCUGUCAAGAUGUUAGCUAUUGGUCUGAUGUUUAUUAACCCACACAGAUGUCCCCAUCUCUGAAUCUGGAGGGAGAAGUUUUACUUUCUGCUCACACCAUUGUGUUUUAAUUGAAAACCACAAAAAAAAAAUGUAUAUUUUGAUAGUUGUUUCAUUAGUCCAUUGAUAAUGUAGUCCCAAAAAUAUGUCAGCAAUGCAGUUUUCAAGAUGUACUUAAAUAAUACAACCGGUAUGAACCAUUUGUCAUCAUACCGGCUCUAUUUAUGUAUUUGGAUAUUUAUACAUCUUAACUUGAUUGCUGACAUGCUAAAUGUUUUAGGACUACAUCACUAAUGAAUCAAAUACCAAAAUGGAGGCUGCUUUAAUAGACAUUUAGUAAAAUGCCAUUAACUCAUUACGAUUGUGAGUGGCUGCAAAAAAAAUAUAUGGAAAAAACAACCUCGAGAUUGAAUUACCCAGCAAUGCCUUGCUCAAGUGCAUUUUCUGUAAAAAAAAUAUUGAUAUUUAUUUUCAACAAUAUUAUUGGCUCAAUAUUCUGAGUUAUGACUUGAAAUGUCAUAUUUGACAUAUGACCACCUCACCCCGAGUGUAGAAUGUGUGAUUUCAAGCAAAAUGCUUAUGUGACUAAACAUGCCUAUAAGACUCACUGUGGGACAGUUUUAACAGGCACAGAUUCAGCCUUAAACCUGUACUUUAAAAGCAUUUUCAAUUGAGAUUCUCCAUUGAGUUUUGUUUUCUAGUCCAGCAUUAGGCUUGAUUUGUGACUGAGAAACCACCCGUGUGUGUUUAUUAAGUACUGAGAUGCAUGGACAACGGGACACAAAUUAAAACACGUAUAUACAGCACUUGUUACAUUAGGCCAAAGAAAUCUGAAUGAAAAGUGUGGCUGAAUGAUUGAUUUAUAGUCACCUAAAAGCAUUCCUUACCAACUGAAAUGUUUAUACACCUAUAGCUUCUCUGCAUUAUAGUGAAUUAACAUUUAACGGGUGACUUUUCAAAACGACCUGUAUUUGGAGAACUUUUAGAGGUGUCCUUAAUAUAAUGACACAACUGUUUGAUUUGAAUGAGGCUGGAGUUCUGUUUGAGUCUAUCCUCUACAGAACCUCACUUUCUACUGUUCUGUUAACUGUUCAGAACGGUUCAAUUAACAUUUAACUGUUCAGUUCUGUUAGCUAACUGUUUGUGGGACUUCUCUUAGCAAGUCACAGUGAAUAUCUGAGUGUAUGUUAUUGAAUGGGGAAAAUGCAGCCAAUUUUUGAGAAUCACUGAUGUUAAAUUGAAUAACAUGUUAUUGUUCUUCUUGGUCAGGGAAAUGUGUAUAUAUGCAGUUAGAUUUGGACAUUUGGAUGUAUACUUAUGAGUGUUCUGAGUGCACUUUGUUUAGUUGGCCCACUAUUUACCAGUCUGUACACAACACUCCUACCAAACUGUUGUUUUGGUCUAAAAAAACAAACAAGUUUCCAAUUUCCCCAAUUAUUAAUAAAAAAGUUAAAUCAA